AUGAAGCUUUCCCUCCUUAGCGUAGAGCUUGCUCUCCUAAUUGCUACUACUCUCCCACUUUGCUGGGCAGCUGCCCUCCCUGUAGGAUUGGGAGUCGGGCUAGACUACUGUAACUCAAGUUGUACUAGGGCCUUCGACUGUUUGGGUCAAUGUGGCAGAUGCGACUUUCAUAAGCUACAAUGUGUCCACUAG